GUUUAAAUUAUCCGUGCAAUUUUCGGUCACGUCCAACUGCCAUCUGGUUCCCUUUUGCCUGUUGGGGCCCUUCCAGCCUCUUCUUGGAUCUUAUCGUAUCCUUAUACGAAAUCCUCCGAUUUUCUGCUCGGACUCCAAAACAAGUCCAAGCUCCGGCGUGGCCUCACGCGACUCACUGUCACCGUCACUGCGUACUUUUCAUGCCCUCAGUUCGUUCUUCUCUAGCGUCGGGUGUGGGCUGGAAAUAUAUCAAAAAACAUCUUAAUUUCUUUCGUGUUCAUCUACUGUUCUUUGCUUUCACACCUCUGGUCUUUUCUGGAAUAUUUUAUGCCAGCAAUGGGCGAUACCACAUAUCCUACAUCGACUCUUUGUUCAACUGCGUCAGUGCGAUGACUGUCUGCGGUUUGGCGACCGUGGACCUUAGUAGUCUCACUCCCUGGCAGCAAGUGUUAUUGUUCAUUCAGAUGUGUCUGGGCAGCCCCGUUCUCGUAUCUUGGGUCAUGGUUUACAUCCGAAGACACUACUUUGCCAAAAAGUUCCGGCGCAUUAUCGCAGAGAACAACGCUGUCCGUGUUACUCCCAUCGACGCCGAGGAAAAGCAUAUGCCCUGGUUCCGCCGCAUUUUUACGCGGAACAAAACGGUCGCUGUGGCUGAAGACGGCAGCGACAAGGCUACCGAGACAGAGGGACGGGGUGGCAUUAUUCGCAGGAAACUGCGAACGGACAUGAUCAGGCGGAUGGAUGAUGCUCCAAAGCGUGUGGAUCCAAAUGGGUGGAUAUCUCAAGGCAACACAAUACCGCUACAAAGAUUUAGCACUGUACAGUCCAACCAGGACGCUCCUCGGCAUCUUUCUUUCGCGUCCCCUUCGCCCGAACGGCCUAUGCAGUCUCCACGUAUCACCAAGGGUCCAAUAAUGAAGAGGUUGGCACGACGACUAUCGGACCCCGGGACGCCUUCGAGACAGAAUUCGCUCAAGAAUGCUCCUAUGUACAGAUCAGAAACAAUGGCUGUAGGUUCAAUUGCAACGAAAUUAGCGCGUACACAGACCGUGGAGUUCUCACUGCCAAAUCAACCAAAUCGAAGACCACGGAUAGAAAGAAUUCAGACUACGGAACUUGAUUCUGAUGUUAUGGCGCCUACUGAGGAUCACAGGUCCUACCGGACACCCAUGCAACACCAUCUAUCGAUUCCCACCCAUGCGACAACCCACACGCAUAGGUCCAAUCGAACACAGACGAAGCACAGUGGUUUCGGCGGAUUCCCCAUGCCGCAUGAGAUUCUGGGAAGCUUGAUCAAUCGGUUUUUUCCCAAGUUCAAGCGAAAACUGACGAGAACGGUGACCAUGCCGGCGCCGACCACGAUUGUGCCUCAGCGGGGAACAUCUCUAACGACCGCGAGGACUGUUCCAUAUAUUUCUUUUGACGCUGUUGUUGGACGCAAUUCUUCCUUUCCAUACUUGACAAGCAAUCAGAUCGAUGAGCUUGGUGGCGUGGAGUAUCGUGCGCUAAACGCUUUGCUUUGGAUUGUUGCCGGGUAUCACAUACUCAUUCAACUCACAGCGUUUAUCAUGAUUGCUCCAUACAUAUCUAUGCCUAGGUGGAGUUCUGUAUUCGAUGUUCCCCCUUUACACCGUCCAUUGUCGCCCGUAUGGUUUUCACUCUUCCAGAUGGUGUCCGCCUAUACCAACACGGGCACGUCGCUGGUAGACCAAUCGAUGAUCCCGUUCCAGCAGGCGUACUUGAUGAUUUUUCUCAUGGUUUUCUUGAUUUUAGCUGGCAAUACUUCCUUUCCCAUCUUUUUACGAUUUGCGAUAUGGAUUCUAACGAAAGUCGUACCUGGAAAUUCACGAGCAAACGAAACGCUACACUUUCUGCUUGAUCAUCCUAGACGUUGUUUUAUCUAUUUAUUUCCUUCCCAUCAAACAUGGUUUCUUUUAACUAUAGUGCUUUUCCUGAACUUUACGGAUUGGUUCUUUUUCAUGGUGUUAGAUAUUGGGACACCCGCGAUUGAAAUCAUUCCUUUGGGCACUCGAUUCGCUAUCGGGUUCCUACAGGCGAUCGCCGUCCGAGCGGCAGGUUUUGCUACCGUAUCAUUAUCGGCUCUUGCUCCAGCUGUCAAGGUACUCUAUGUCGUGAUGAUGUAUGUUAGCGUCUACCCUAUAGCGAUGAGUGUGCGUUCGACAAACGUGUAUGAGGAGCAAUCGUUAGGUAUCUACCGGGACACCGAAGCGUCGGAAAACGAAUCGCAAUUUGAACUGACUGGACCUCGAGUCACCGUGUGGAGUCGAUAUCUAGCCAUGCAUGCUAGAAAGCAGCUGGCUUUUGAUAUGUGGUGGCUAGGGCUAGCGUUGUUCUUAGUAUGUAUCAUUGAGCGCCCUCAACUUGAUGACACCGCCAUUAUGAGCUAUUUCAACAUUUUUACUAUCGUUUUCGAGCUUGUCUCUGCGUACGGAACUGUCGGAUUGAGCUUAGGAGUCCCUUAUGCGAACUAUUCACUCUCGGGCUCCUUUCGAACGUUGUCAAAGCUCAUCGUUUGUCUUGUAAUGCUUCGCGGCAGGCACAGAGGCCUCCCUGUUGCCAUUGAUCGUGCGGUAAUCUUCCCCAUGGAGUUUUCACGCGGCGAUGGAGAUGACGAGGAUGAGGACGAUGACGAGAACGGCGCUGGUGAUGCGGCUGUUAGUGAAAAUGGUGGUGCAGUAGCGGAGGAGAGAACUGUCAAUGGUGAUGCGUUUGACCUUCGACAGCGUCGUGGGUCACGUCUAGAUGAAGAAGACGAAAUAUCGUUGCAUAGUCUCCACAGACCGGGCGAUGCCAAUGGAUCUGCAAAUCCAAGUUGACGGUGAUUUCAUACCCUAUUUGCUUUGGAUGUGUUUUGGAUGUAUCAUAGGGUGUAUAUAGAGCUUCCAAGAAGCUAUCAGAAGUACACGCGAGUAGACUUACGUUAUACCCUCCAUAAUAAUAAUGGUUAUAACAGUAUACCGUUGAAGGAUACAGCUCAUCGAUCCAGACUCUGCGUACCAAUGGAAGCACGAUAAUUACUUAUAAAUUACUGCGAGAAACUCCACCGUUGCGUUGAUUCCGAAGCUACGCUAGUG